AUGGAGGCCACCUUCGUUCGUACAAUGCUAUUUGAAAACCAGAACUCGUCCUUCCACCGCCGCCACCACCACCUCCGCCUCGAUCGGUGCCUGCCGGACAGCUUGGAGUCAACUCUCGACUCCGCCAAAUCACGGCGGCAGAAGAAGUCCCCGAUCGGCUCCGCCGCCACCUCAUCAGGUGCGUUAUUUUGGAUGGGCGAUUACGUGUAG